UCUCUCUUCAACAGUGGGAGUUCUGCAUCGCUUUCGUUAAAGGUGUGUAUCUCCGCGGCGGUCGCCCUGUGAUCUGCGCUGCUCCUCGGAGUCGUAGGCAGGACUCAGGGAAACCCAGGAAACCUAGAAAUGGACUCAGUGACCUUUGAGGACGUGGCUGUGACCUUCACCCUGGAGGAAUGGGCCUUACUGGAUCCUUCACAGAAGAAACUCUACAGACAUGUGAUGCAGGAAACCUUCAGGAACCUGGCCUCAGUCGGGAAAAAAUGGGAAAAUUAUGACAUUGAUGAUCAGUACAAAAACCAGUGGAGAAAACUGAGAAGUCAUAGGGUAGAGAGCCUCUGUGAAAGUAAAGAGGGUAGUGACUGUGGAGAACACUUCAGCCUUAUUCCAAAUAUGAAUAUGAACAGAAAAACCACCGGAGAAAAAGCACAUGAAUACAGUGCACGUGGAAUCGUGUUCUUGAGUCAGUCAUCCUUUGAUAGGCACAUCAGAUAUCACAGUGGACGCAAGCGUUAUAAAUAUCAAAAAUGUGGAGAGAAGCCAUAUAAAUGUAAGGUGUGUGGGCGAGGCUUCCGUUAUCUCCAGUGUUUUGACAAACAUGAGAGAAAUCACAAUGGAGAGAAAACCUUUAACUGUGAGGAAUGUGGGAAAGCCUUCAGUAGUUUCAGUUCACUUCGAACACAUGAAAGAGACCACACUGGAGAGAAAUGGUAUCAAUGUAAACAAUCUGGAAAAGCGUAUCGCUAUCAAACACAUGAAAAGACUCACACACGAGAGAAACACUAUGAAUAUAAGCAGUGUGGUAAGGCUGUCGUUUUUCUUCCAGGUUUCCAAAGACGUGAAAGUACUCACACUGGAGAAAAACCCUAUGCAUGUAAACAAUGUGAUAAAGCCUUCAAGUAUCUCUAUUCUUUUCAAAUGCAUGAAAGAUCUCACACUGGAGAGAAACCCUAUAAAUGUAAGGAAUGUGGGAAAACCUUUAUUUUUACCUCAAGCCUUCGCGUACACAUGAUCACUACUCACACUGGAGAUGGGCCUUACAAAUGUUGGAAGUGUGAAAAAGCAUUCAUUUCUCGCAGUUCAUUUCGAAGACAUGAAAGGACUCACACUGGAGAGAAACCCUAUGAAUGUAAAGAAUGUGGGAAAGCCUUCAGUUAUCCAUCAAAUGUUCAGAAACACAUGGUAGUACAUACUGGAACUAGACCUUAUCAAUGUAAGCAAUGUGGUAAAGCAUUCAGUUCUCCCAGUUCACUUAAAGUACAUGACAGGACCCAUACUGGAGAGAAGCCCUUCGAGUGUAAACAAUGUGGUAAAGCCUACCCAGCACACAGUUCCUUACAAAGACAUGAAAUGACUCACACAGGAGAGAAACCCUAUGAAUGUAAGGAAUGUGGUAAAGGUUUAAGUUCUCAUCGAAAUUUCCAAAUACAUAAAAGGACUCACACUGGAGAGAAGCCCUAUGUGUGCAAACAAUGUGGUAGAGCCUACAUAGCACACAGUUCUUUACAAAGACAUGAAAGGACUCACACAGGAGUGACAACUUAUAAAUGUGAGGAAUGUGGUAAAGCUUUCCGUUCUCAGGUAGGUUUCCAAGCACAUGAAAAGACUCACACUGGAGAGAAGUCCUAUGAAUGUAAGGAAUGUGGGAAAGCUUUCAUUUCACAUCUAGGUUUCCGAAUACAUAAAAGGACUCACAUUGGAGAGAAGCCCUAUGUGUGUAAACAAUGUGGUAGAGCAUACACAGCACAGAGAUCCUUACAAAGACACGAAAGGACUCACACAGGAGUGAAACCCUAUGAAUCUAAGGAAUGUGCUAAAGCUUUCAGUUCUCAGGGAGGUUUCUAAGCACAUGAGAGGACUCACACUGGAGAGAAGUCCUGUAAAUGUAAGGAAUGUGGGAAAGUAUUCAGUGAUUCCAGUUCUCUUCAAAGACAUGAGAGAACUCACUAGAGAGAAACCCUAGGAAUAUGGUUAAGCCUUAAUUUCUCACUCAAAUGUUCAAGGACAUGCAAAGAUACAUGUUAGAGACAAACGAUAUAAAUGUGAAGAAUGUGGGAAGGACUUCUGUCACCCCAGUUCCUUCUGAAGGCAUAAUGGCCUGACUUGAAAAAAAUCCUCUUGAAUGUGGAAAGACUGCAGUUGGUCCACAUCCUUAUAUAUGAAAUUCCCACCAAAAAGAAAUAUAAAUGUGACAAGAGAAAGCUUCGUGGAAAAUAAUCUAUGUGUAAUAGUCUAGAGAUUUUUCAACAUGAAAGAGUUGUUAUAAAAGUUGUAAAUAUAGAGUGAUACAUCACUUAGGAAUAUGGAUAUGUUCUGAGAAAUGUGUCAGUGGGCAAUUUUAUCAUUAUUCAAACAUUAUAGAGUGUACUUACACAAAUCUAGAUGGUACAGCCCACUACACACCUACGCAAUAUGUUGCAGCCUACUGCUCCUAGACUACAAACCUGUACAGUGUUACUGUACUGAUAUUGUAGGCCAUUAUAAUACAUUGUGCUAUGAUAUUACAACAGCUGUGAUGUCGCAAGCAAUAUCAAUUUUUCAGCUCCACUGUAAUGUUAUGAGACCACUUCAUAUAUGCGGUCUAUCAUUGACCAAAAUGUCAUGUGGUGCCUGAAUGGUGUGUUUACUAAGCCUCUUAAAUGAAAUGGUGAGCUGGAAUGGUGAGGAUUUCUAAUUACUUUUAGAAGUGAAUAUUGAGGUGAGAAAAUUCUGUGGCUCAUCUUUCAACAAUAGUGCAUAUGCUCUCGGCCUUAGCAUCAUCUUAGAAACCUCCGUGAUUUGAGAGCCAAGUGGAGGAAGAAGCCCAUGUACAGGCUGAAGUGCAAAACAAGAAAGUUGAGGCAGAGGUCCAAGUAAACCACUAGCUUGUGCACCCGUGGAAACCCAGGAGCAGAAAUGAGGAAAGCCAGAGACCAAAUUGGAACAAAUUGUUGGACCUGCUGUCUAGAACUUCUCAAUGGAUCUAGAACAUAAGUUGCCAUCUGUUCCCUGCCAACCAUCUUUAGAGAGACCCACCUUCCUUGUACAAAAAUAGUCCUUUGCUCUGGACCUGUGACAUUAUGGACAAGUUCUGUUCUCAGUUGUGGCUGAAUGUAAUGUGUACAAUAAAUCAUCUGCUGUCUUAGGUGAAGAAAAAAAAAUAGUGCAUACAAUUAAUAGGUAGUGCUUUUUCUUUAAAUCAGUUAAUGUUUUCUCUUUCUAUUUUGAAGCUUCUUGGAUCCAUGGGUAAAUUGAAGUAUAUUUCUAAAAUGCAAUUAAGUUUAAUUUUUAAGAUAAUGUCUUAUUCUGUUAAGGGACCAUUGAAAAAUUGACAGCUUGUAUUUGUUGGAAUUUUCUACUGGCCUUGUAUGGCAGUUCCUGAAUAUCCCUAAUCUAGUGUAUAUAUUGUACUUUUCUUAGAGGAAGCUCCUCUUUUGGGGUGGUGGGUAUAGGAGGGUUUUUUUUCCCCAUACUAUUAAAACAUUUAGAACAAUGUUUCAUAAAUGACAAUUUUAUUAGUAUACUUUCGUGUGAAUUAUUAUUUUCAUAUUGGAGACUUUGCUCUUUGUGCUUCCUUCUGACUGGUAUAUGGUAAAUAGACUUUGGAUUAAGAAUAGAGACCUGUGAUAGAACAACAAAAUGUAGAGCUGGAGAUACCACCACUGUAUUGCAAUAUGCAGGUGAAGGUAACGUUAGGCAUUAGAUCUUCCAGAAUCCACCCCCUUUAUGGCACCGUGUUAGAAUUCACCAGUAGCCUCACUUGCAUGUGAUUUGGAAGGCAUUAGGGAAGAAGGCAUUAGUCAGAUUUUGGAGACACCCUACAGGGAGAAAGACAGACACAUACGAGUUUUGAGAACACCAUCUUCCAGCCCUUUAUCCUGAGUCUUUGCACUUCCAAUCAAGAGUAUCCUGAAAACCACCACCAACUGGUUGAUUUCCAUUUUCUGAGAGGUGUAGGUUUCCACUGAUGUCUUCACAAUUUCACAUCAAAGGUCCAUCAGAGUUUGGAUUCCACUGUCAGCCUUCUGUGUUCACCAGGAAACUGAUUCAGACUUCCAUGCUUAUGCCUGAUUCCCCUCGUCUCUAGAUUAUAUCUGUAUAAGGUCUGAUUUAUAUGGGAAACACCUUAAGUUAGCAGUGCUAGUGAGUACACUUUCCUGAUUCACCGUGACUUCUACAUGGUGCUGCCAAAAAGAAGGACACGGGCAUUUGUUUCUCUGCUGCAUGUGCAGUGGCUGCUGUGACCCGGUCCUCCCAUGUGACAACAGGCCCCUUGCUCCUGUCAGGAAGCCGGUGGGUGUUUCCUGUUACUUAAACUUGAAAAUCCUCAGUAUGCUUUCAAUUAUGUUUGAUUGUAUGUCUCUAAAAUUAUCUAUGUUUCUCUGUGAAAUUAAUGCCUCUGUAGUUGUUUUAUUGAUAUAUUUUCAACUGUUUUCUAAGCCAUCAUAUGCUAAUAUUGUUUUCAUUUCCUCAGAGAUUAUAUUAAAAUCCAUUGUAAUUAUGAAUUUUCAGAUAUACUGUGCUGCUUUCUUCAUUUAAAUACUCGUUUUAUACAUUAUGAGUCAGUUUUAUCAUGUGCAUGCAAGUUCUGGUAUUUUUUCCUCAGGCAAAUUUUGUUUUUUAUUUUAUAGUUACAAUUUUUAUCAUGAAACUAAUUUCUCAGAUAUUCUUAAUACCAAAAAUUUAAAUAGUGGUUUUUUUCAGUGCUCUCUUGACAUUGACCCACAGGAUCAGAGCUGUGGUCAAAGAGAGGAGUGUAAUGAAUUCCAAUAAGAAUGAGCCACAAACCAUAAAGGACUGAGUAUAACACUAACAGGUGCUCAAAAGUACUUAAAGGAUUUUGGCUUGUAUUAGAUGAUUUGAUUGCUAUUUAAGAAAGCAAGUCGUUUUCUCUAUUGAAUACUGUUGAGGAGGUAAACUUCCUCAUAUCAUUGAUAAUCAUAAUUGUUGUUUUCUAGAAGGCAAAAACAAUA